AUGAGCGUGAUCAGCCCGGAGCAGUCCCACUACAAGGAGCUGCUGGAAUGCCUGCAGGGCUGUUGGCAGAACGUGAAGGAGCUCCACGAGUUCUACCUGGUCCAAGAUGCCUCCGUGACUCGGAUCAGGCAGAACACUGGUGAGACCAUGGAGUUCUCCCGGGUGCUGAAGCCGGAUUCCAGCGGCAGCGGCCUGCAGUGGGGCCUUCAUGGUCGGUUCGUCCUCCAGAUUGAUACAUCGACUUUGACUGCUGACUCUGACUUGACUCAAGUCAGUUGGCUGACUCCCGAGGAGGCACACGUCCAGGCCCUUUCCGGGCCCCGGGAGCCUGGCACGCAAGGGGUGAAAGGCUGGCGGUGGCAGCGCGUCGACCCUUUGCUGGCCGGUGUGGCGCCAGGCGUUCCUGUGGAAACUGCGGCGCCGUCGGCACCGGCACCAGCACCAGUGCCGCCAGCUUCGCCGAUGGAUUCGCCAACAGAUCCAAAGCAAGCUGCCCUGGCUCAGCUGCAGGGCUCCUGGAAGAACUGCUUGGAUGACAAUGAAUGCUACGUGGUCCGUGGACUGGACGUGAUGCGGUACAAGGUUGGAUUUGAAGCCAAGCCCUUCCGUCUUCACUGGGACGAUGCCACCGGGCGUUUGUGGUGGGGCUCAACUGGCAGAUACAGUCUCCAACCGCCGGCGGAUACGCAGAAAGCCGUGUGGGAGUCGAAGAAUGGCAGCCGUGGGUUCACUUGGGAGAGGACCGAGGGCCCCGGCGGGCAAAAGGGCCCGCAGCCUCCCAGCACCCCGCCUCCUCCGGCGCUCUACCAGGUAGCCACAUGGCGGGGCGGUGGCGGAAAGCGCCAGAAGCCGCAGGCCCGCAUGAAGCAGGCCAUGAAGCAGAGAAGGAGCGUGGGCAUGGGCGCCUGCCUCACCCUGCGCUCUGGGCUAUUGAUGCCUCAGCUUGGCUUGGGCACUCGCCUGCUGAAGGGCCCGGAGCUGCGGGAGGCGGUAAAAGCUGCCCUGCGCAGUGGGUACCGCCUCAUCGACACAGCCCCCGGCUUUGGCAACGAGGAGGAGCUCCUGAACGGCAUCCGCGCUGCAAGCCUUCGCCGCGAGGAUGUGUUUCUUGUGACAAAGCUGGCUCCAUCGGAGCAUGGAGAGGAGGAGGUGGAGGAAGCUUUGCAAGCUUCGCUGCAACGACUUGGCACCAGCUACGUGGACCUCUACCUUGUGCAAAGCCCAAAGGGCGGCAGCGUCAUUUGGACCUGGGAUGCCAUGCUCUCCUUGCGCGACAGGGGCCUUGCACGAGCAGUUGGCCUGUGCAACUUCAGCGCCAAGCACCUGGCGAGCCUGGAAUCCCUCUCGCGAGAGAUGCCCGAGGUGGUGCAAGUGGAGCUGCAUUUGGGCAAUCAGCAGCGAGAGCUCACUGCCUACUGCGCCGCUCGCAACAUCACCGUCAUGGCCGCAUGCCCCCUGGGUCGCGGACAGCUCUGCAGCGGCAAGAAUGCCACGGCUCAGGCUUUGGCAGGCAUCGCGGUGAAGCGGUGUCGCAGCGCCGCAGAGGUGGCGUUGCGCUGGUGCCUGCAACGGGGCUUUGUGGCCAUCCCCAAGAGCAAGACGCCCGCCCGUGUGGAAGCCAACGCGCCGUUCGGCUUUACGUUGAAUGAGGCGGACAUAAGCUUGCUGGACUCGUUGGACUGCCAGCUUUCCGUGAGUUCUGCUGCGCAGUCUUUAGACCUUCCGUGGGAGCAAGCGGUCGGGGAAGUCUCUGAGGUGAGUGACGGAGACAUCGGUGACGCCCAGCCAAAGAGGCGAAGGCGCCGGCGAAAGAAAGGCAAAGGGCGCGGGAAAGGGAAAGGGCCGGGCAAAGCGCCGGGCAAAGCUGGCGGCGCUGGCGGCUCUGGCGGCUCUGCCCAGCGCGCUGCAAACAUCUUGUUUGGCCUGAGCUAA